UGUGCCACUCUGUGCAUGUAUGUGUGCAAUGGGCGUGCAUGCCUGUCCGGGCUGUGGGUGUGCAAGGCAAGGGGCUCUCCCCUGCUCUUGCUGCUGGCAGCAGCAUGACCCCAUCCUCUGCCCUGUUCCCCUGCCUGGCCCCAGUGUGGCCUCGGCUCCCACCAGCAGUUCCUUUCCUGGCACCGCCUCACUGCAGCACCAUGGCGGCCCUCAUCUCGGUGUGCGACUUCAUGCAGCAGGUGCAGGAGGACCUCAGCUCGCCCACCACCUCCACCUUCACCAGCCACAUGGGCCACUGCAAGGCCACUGCUAACAGCCUGGAGGAGGCCUUGGAUGCAGACCGAGCUGUGCUGCAGAAGAUGAGGAAAGCAGCCAAGGCGGAGCACAGCUGUGGACAAGAUCUCAUCAACCACCUGGCAGCCCACAUUGCUGCCCAGGAGAAGUUCUCAGCCAACUACCAGCUGGAGGGUGAGGAGCAGCUGGCCAAUGCCUUCAGCACCUUCGCAGCCUUCUCCCAGGAGCUGCUGACCGCUGUCAGGAGCCUGUUGCAGAGUUUGUACCACAACAUUAACUUUUCCCUGGAGUCGUUAAUAAAGGGCGACAUGAAAGAGCUCAAAGGGGAGUUCAAGAAGCCCUUUGAGAAGGCCUGCAAAGACUAUGAGAGCAAACUCGCGAAGAUUGAGAAGGAGAAGCGCGAGCUGGCGAAGCAGCAUGGCAUGGUGCGGAGCGAGCUGUGCAGUGGGGAGAUUGCUGAGGAGAUGGAGAAGGAGCGCAGGACCUUCCAGUUAAACAUGUGUGAGUAUCUAAUCAAAGUGAAUGAGAUCAAAACCAAGAAAGGGAUCGACUUGCUCCAAAACCACAUCAAGCACUGCAGCUCACAGUUCAAUUUUUUCCAGGAAUGUUUAAAUGCAACAGCAAAACUGAAGAAUUUUACAGAGAAGCUCAUCCCAGAGCUGCAGAGUCUGAAGGCCAGGCAGGACGAGGAGAAGAAGCAGCUGUGUGCCCUUCGGGAUCAGCUGAGGGCAGUGUUGCAGCUGGAGCAGAAGGAGGAUACUGGGAGCAAGCAAGCACGGUACAACAUGCACCAGCUGCAAGGGAACAAGCAGUAUGGCACGGAGAAGACAGGGACCCUCUUCAAGAAAAGUGAUGGGCUGAGAAAAGUCUGGCAGAAGAGGAAAUGCACCAUCAGGAAUGGCUACCUGACCAUCUCUCACAGCAUGCCCAACCGCCCGCCAGCCAAGUUGAACCUACUGACCUGCCAGGUGAAGCUGAAUGCGGAAGACAAGAAAUGCUUUGACCUGGUUUCAUACAACCGCACGUACCGCUUCCUGGCAGAGGAUGAGCAGGACUGUGUCGCCUGGGUGUCUGUCCUCAGCAACAGCAAGGAGGAGGCGCUGAAUGUGGCCUUCAGCAAGGUGCAGGGCGGAGGGGAGAGCAGCAGGGAGGAGCUGACCCGGGCCAUCAUCAAGGAGGUCAGAGGCAUGCCUGGGAACAGGGAGUGCUGUGACUGCUCAGCACCGGAUCCCACCUGGCUCUCCAUUAACUUGGGCAUCCUGAUCUGCAUUGAGUGCUCUGGGAUUCACAGAGAGAUGGGUGUGCAUGUCUCCCGCAUCCAGUCACUGUCUCUGGACAAGCUGGCAACCUCUGAAUUGCUGCUGGCAAGGAACAUCAGCAACGUUGGCUUCAAUGACAUCAUGGAAGCGAAUCUUCCCAGCUACUCUGCCAAGCCUGCGGUGCACAGUGACAUGGCCUUCCGGAAAAAUUUCAUCAUUUCCAAGUAUGUUGAGAAGAAAUAUGCCAAGAGGAGCCCUGCUUCUCAGUGUCCAAACCUCCCAGAAGCCGUCAAGAAUAAGGACAUAUUUUCUUUACUCCAAGCUUAUGCAGAGAACAUGGAUUUGAGCGAGCCUGUGCAGGCACCUCUGCAGGAACCUGGGGAGACCAUUCUCCACCUGGCAGUGCUGUUGUCUGACCAAACCUCAUUGCAUAUUGUUGAUUUUCUCGUCCAGAACAGUGGGAGCCUGGAAAAGCAGACUGUGGUGGGGAACACGCCACUUCACUACUGCUGCACUCACAACAAACCCGAGUGUCUCAAACUGCUGCUGAAGGCCAAAGCCAGCAUUGCCAUCGCUAACAAAGCAGGAGAGACAGCCCUGGACAUUGCCCGGAGGACAAGACAUUCCCAGUGUGAACUGCUGCUGUUGCAGGCCCAGAACAACCAGUUCAACCCGCGCGUCGAUGUAGAGUAUGAGUGGUGGCUGGGCCAAGACGACAUGUAUGAGAGCGAUGAAGACCUGGAUGAGAAGCUGGGUCUUAUGAAGAGGGGGUCUGCCCAUCCCCAGAGCUGCUGCCAGCCCCCUGCUACUGCCUCCAGGCUGGAAGCAGCAGAGCCAGUGCCCCAGGGGAGGCAGCUGGACAUCUACGCCCUGCCACACACCCACCUCCACAGCCUGGACAUGCCACCAGCCCUCCCUUACCUGCCUUCCUUCCCACCCCAGCGGGCAAUGUCAGUUCCUGAGGGGUCACGUCCUCGUCUUCUUACCAGCUCAUCCAACUUUGCUGAGGACACACGAACCAGAAGGAGCCCCCCGCUGCCUCUCAUCAUCAAGCACAAGCGUACAUCCUCAGAGCCAGCUCCUUGGGUCCCACUUAGCCCUGAGAAACCAAGUCUUGCCAUCCUGGCUUCGGGUGCCCUGAAGGCCAUGGACUGCCUCUACGCGUCUGUUCCCAGCAAAGCUGGACAGCCUGGCCCACACCAAUCCCUCCAAGAGCCAGAGCCAUGUUGUGGAUAUCCCCCACAUGUCCCACCUCCUCUUCCUCAGAGGAGCAGUUUGAACAAGCUGCUGCUUCGCAGGGUCCGCGCUCUUUAUGACUGCAAUGCUGACCGGGAAGAUGAGCUGACUUUCCGCACAGGCGAGAUCAUUGUGGUGUCUGAAAAGGAGGACAGCAACUGGUGGAAAGGCUGGAUUGAAGGACAGCCUCACAGGCGAGGUGCCUUCCCUGCUUCAUUCGUUCAUGUGCUCAAUGAAUAGGAGCCACUUUGAUUCAGGAGGGUAGAACUGAUAAGCCACUUGAAAUGCGACUCUCCCCCAGAACUCCACCUGUGCCCCUGGUCCCAGCAUCGCCUCUCCUCCCACAGCCAACCUGCCCCAGAGCACCCCCUGGACAACAGCACUGGGUCCCCAGAGCCCCACAUGCCACAGUUUGAGCAGCCUCUGGGGCUGAGGUGCAGGCAGCAGGCACAGAACAGGCCACUGUGCUUUCCCCAAGUGUGGAGAAAUUGCCUAAAGUAACUAGGAAAAUUAAACUAAUAUUCACAUUUUAAAGAAGAUGUACAGCAUUGAAAAAGCUUCCAGGGUGGAGUGUAGCUGCACUCCCUAGGCCUCCAACCUUAGAUGCUAUUGCACUGGGGGAACCUGGUGUGCUGACUGUGAGGAACAAUAUGGAGCGUAGAGCGGAGACAUCGCGGCUAGGCUCUGUGACCAGGUGGGGACCCGACUGUUCUUAUGCACACCGAGACCGGUAAGCUACCCUGAGCCAAUGACCUGUCAUAUUUUUGACAAAAUGCUGUACCCUAGUGCACUUUUGCUCAUUAUAAUAUCAUUAUAAUACCAAAACACACCUCCAUCCCAAAAGCUACACGCCUCCAAGGUGCAACCACCCCUCACUGAGCACACGCUCUGAGUUUCUCAGAGCCUAUACCUUCAAAUGAAAGUGAGAAAAGUUUUUACCAAUCAUAACCAAGAUAUGAUUGACUAGAGUCACACAAGCUCCACCUUAAAGAUAGAAAAUAAUAUAAAUUGGCUUAAGAGAAAGGGGAUGUUAGGGAAGAUACCAUCACGAAGGAUACCUUCUGACUUCUGGGAUCAGUUGAUGGGCUGAGCCUCUCUUCCCCCCUCACUGGGACACCAUGGGGUAAGAUUUGAACACUUGGUUAUACCAGGUGUCUAUGCAGAAACAUAGAAAUCCCUAUAGAGCCUUUGUGCCUUUUAAAGCGUUAAUAGCCAGGCUGUGUACCUGUGUAUUUCAUGCAUGCUAGCUUGCUUUUGCAGACAGUGAAUUUAUUGCUGGCAAGCCAAAGAACUUGUGUACCUGUUGCUGUAAUAAAUUGCAAUUAAUUGCAUUGUUCCUAGCCAUGAUAGUUCUCAUUGAACAUGACUGGAGUGAGGGUGUGCUACGUUGUUGGUGAAUCUGUGACCAUGAUUGUUCAAUACCCUGAAUCUGACCGGACCCAUAACAGUUAAUCAGCUAUGUCCCUUAACGUGACACCAAGCACACUGCCUGUCCCGUGCACUGACCACUCUAAUGGAAACAGUGGUGCUGUAGAGCCAUGCUGCUGCCCUGCAGAGCUAUUGGGCUGCGAGCAGAGCUGUGCUGCUGAGCAAACCCUGGAUAGUGGCUUUGGCUGAGGAUGGGGCAUGGCAGGAGCCUUAAAAAUUCAAAUGAGCUCAGUGGAGCCAGCAGCACUGAGCACUUGGGCUGUCCUCACUGCUUGCGCUGGGUUGAGACAGGGAACAAGAUAAAGGAUGUUGAUUCUGUAGGUCUUAGCUAGCACAAUGGUAUAUUAACAACCUCAAAGAUAAGGAUGUAAAGGACUGUAUGCAUAGAUAAUGGGACCAGCAAGACCUGCCUUGACUGCUGAAGUCUGUCGAAGAAAGAAAAGGUCAGAAGUUUAGCAACAAGGAAGACUUCUGGCCUUCAACAAAAGACCACCAGAGUACACCAGAUGACCACCCAAGGACUCCAGUACACGUGAAGAGGGGUGGGAACCUAUUUUAAUGAUUCUUCGGUGAUCUGAUGAAUAUGCAAGAGACUUACAGGAAAUAAAAUGAAUAGGUAUAUAGCCCACUAAUAUAAGCACACUACCCGUAUGGUGCUGUAAUAAAGAAUACCUGCUUAAUAA